CUUGAAUUUCCUCAGGCUAAAUGUCGAGUGUUUUAUUUCAUCUGUAGCCCUGAAGGAGACCGUAAAUGUUGCGGAAAAAGCCGAAAAUGCAGCAAAGGGAAAGGCCAUGUGGGCAAAUGUGAUUCGAAACGACAAGUAAAUUGUUUCUGGGAAACAUCGCCCAUUUUAACAUUCAUAAGGAGCGCCAAACGCUCCAAGACAACUUUCGCCAUCUUCAAGUCCAAGAAGAUGCUUUAUCCAAGAAGGAGCAAGAUAUCUUGGCUUUACAAAGGAGACAGAUUCUCUAGUGGAGGAAUCAGGUUAGUUUCCUACUUGUAAGUGGGUUAGUUGCGGCAAGAUAAACGGAAUUGAUUACUAUUUAUUCAUUUAUUUGCCGUUUUGGAAUUGUCAUUAUUUUGAUGAUGAUUCCCUAUCCUUGUUUAUAGAAAGAGCACUGCAAAAAUCAAAAGGAGAGAAAGAGACACUAGACAAAGAAAUAAGUGAAGCAGAGGAGACACUGAGAGAACUAAAGGAGGCAUAUGAGAAAGUGAAAAAGCUGUUGGAGCAGAAGGAUUAUUCCCGAAGUCGAAGGAGUGCUGCUAGCACAUCAUAUGAAAUGAUUAAUGAUUAUAAGUCGAGCACUAGAUAUAGGAGAAGGGAAGAAACUAAAAACAUUUUAGAAUUUAUUCAUGGGGGUUUUGAAGCUUCAUUAUAUGGGGCAUGGGAUUUUUGGCUGCCAAUGCAAGUAAUGAAACCAUGA